UAUUGGGUACAUUUUACACAUCACUAACCUCAUUGGCGCGAUCUUUUUGUAAACAAUUUCAUUUUUGUAAACAGAACUAUAACAAAACUAUAGAAAUGUCUGACGACACUCAAGCGGAGAUGAUUUCGAUGUCUUAUAGUGAGCUGGAGUGCAUAGAUCAGGAGGAUAUUAUAAUGCUUGUAGACGUGGAGUCUGCGCUAAAGAUCUGCCAGGAAUGUUUAGAAAAUAACACGAACAGCUCUUUCGACGUUUUGUCGUUAUGGUUUAAUAAAUUAUUAAGAGCCUAUAUGGAUGAGGCUAUUUGCUGCUUCAAUGCCGUCAAAGAAAUGUGCGAGUGGUUCCAGAUGAUGAAAUCAGCAGAAUCUUCAGAUACUGGCAACAACUUAAAGACUCUCUUGGCAGAGGCACUGCGAUUCGUAACAGAUUACAAGGACCAUUUGCUAAGUAGGGACGAACGUAUGGUCCAUGGGACAGUGUUUCUGAUGUUUGCAAUGGUCCAAGGAUUCUUUGAUGAAAGGGAAAAAAGUGCGAGCAGUAGUAUUUUGAAGACAAGUGUUCCGAUAGCCAUUGAUCUGCACUUGUCAGUGCUUUCCUUACUUAAAGAAAUUACUGCGCUAUCGACAAAACCGCAUCUACGCAUUACAACCCUGGUGCAGCAGAUGAGUGAAAUAUCCGCAUUUCUGAGCGACAGGAUUACACAUCUACAAGCGUUUAUAAAAACUAGUGAAACUAUGACCUUUAUAAGUUUACACUACUUAAAAUUUUAUAACGAAAACCUUAUAGAGGGUGAGCAGAUGCCUGAAUGGCUCAAGGAGACGGUCUUGCAUAUUUGUGAUACGAUUCUAAACCACUUGGAAACAAUUUGUAAAGGGGAUGCACUCUCUAUACCCAUUGAAAAAAUAGAAGAAUUUCUUAGAGUUACGCGUAAAUAUUUAUUGAUGCUGCAUGAGAUACUCAGUGGUGUCGUUACGCCAAUUGACGAAGCCGUUUUGCAAGCGCUAAUCGAAUUACUUGGUGAAACAAAACCAUUACAUAACCUUGGAAAGGAUAUACCUCUACUUUUAUCCACAUACGUUACUCCUUAUGUGAUGAAUGUAAUCGAAAUUGUUUAUUCUUUAGAUGAUUUUCAAAAGUAUUUAAUCUCCUGCCUGCUGGAUUCCGAUCAAUCGGAGCAAGAAUAUUUAUCCGUUUGCGUUGGUUUUAUAUCAGUAGUAUCCAAAGACGCUGCGGAAAUCAAUGAAAUUACCUUCCAAACAGUAAAAAGUAUUUUUGAAUACUUGUUUAAGGACGCCUCCAACUUUGUACAUUGCGAGAACUAUGAACGAAUAGUUGAAAGCUUUUCUUCUUUGAUGUAUUUGGGAGAAAAUGAUUACAUAUUUGACUACUUUUGCAUACGAAUGUUUGAAAAGGACAUGAUCAUGUCACAAGCGUGUGCUGAUAUACUUAUGUUAUACUUUCGCCUAAGGGAAAUGAACAAGUCCUGGAACCAAGAUGAAAUUGAAAAUGCUUUGAGUUUCUGGAAUAAAUGCAACAAUUCUUAUGCAAUGUUCUCUCGACAACCAAGUCAAUGUCACGUUCAGCGAUUUCUUAAAUAUUUUCACCGAAUAGCAAAAAAGGAGAUUCCUGCCGUUGACACUCGGAACUACCGAUACAUAUCUACGGUGGCUCCUUCCCAAAUGGGUAACAAGUUGUUAAAGCGUUUGGAAAAUUGUUCUCCUGAUCUGCCAACUCAACCCGAAGUCUACUAUGAAAUGGCAGGCCUUUUGGAGCUGUUGGCGCUACAGAACAACACAGAUUGUUCGCAGUGGUUUUUGCAGUCAUUUCAAAUGGCCAAGGAGCUUCUCAUCAAUGACAGGUGCAUCGUGUUUUCCGAGAGUUUCUUUAAGCUGCUUGCCAGAGAGGAUACAUCCACACAAUUAGUAAUAUUACGAGGUCUGCCGCCGUUGACUGGGGACGCCAAAUGGAACCAGCAGAAGUUUCUAUACACCUGCAAAGCUGGUGACGACGCACAGCUGAAAGCAUUCAGUACUCGACACUCCGUCGGGUGUAGUUUUCAGUCUAUCCUUGAGGUGAUGCUUCAAAAACCAUCUGUAUAUUCUGCGCGGGACGCUUUUUGCCAGGACCUACGAAAAACCAGUUAUAUUCGAGAGAUAAAGCAUGAGUGCUCAGGUCCUAUUUUAAAACGUAAACGAACUGACGAUUCGGCUAAAAAAAUUGUACACGACAUGUUCGAGAAAUCUUUUCAUUUGCGUCAAUGCAACUUAUCCACUUUGGAAGCUACCGACUGGAACAAUCUCAAGGAAACAGUUGCUUAUUUGACUAGCAUUUUGUCCGAAAAAAGUAAAACUCAAUCAUUUUGAAAUCUACCUUUAAUUUAAAGUAUAAAACUUUUAGUUCAAAGCUAGAUAUACAAUUUGGUCAAGUUUCAGAAAAACUAUAGAGCAUGAUAAACUUUCAUAAAUUUGGAAUGGUAUUGUGCUGGUAUUAUUAUGCUAGUAGUUUGGUCUAUAUAUUUAGCAUGUGAUGAUCAACAUAGUCCUCUGAAUCGGAAUCUAUAUCGAUGAAUUUGGAAUCAUCUUUAUGAUGCAUGUCUUCUCUGACGAGUAUACCUAUUAGAAUAAAAGCUUAUGUAAUACUAAUACUAAUAAUCAUCAUCGUGUCAACUUACCUGCAAGAGCAGCGGAAGUAAAGCUUACAAAACUUCCGGCAAAGUAGGCACGGACAGCCACUCUAGUAAUGUCCGGUCUUCUACUGGGUGCCAUGGCACUGAGGGCGGCAAUCAGAAUUCCUAGGGAUCCGGGGUUAGCGAAUCCGCAUAGGGCAAAUGUGGCUAUUGCUUCACUUCUAUGCUGUAUUUGUAAUAAUUCGCAAAUUAUUCCAUUCUUUUAAAAUAAAAAAUUGUACAUGUAUACAUACAUCGAUUUCAUUUGCUUGUGUAAGCUCUCCCAAGUGCUUGUAGCCGACAAAUUCAUUUAUUAGAGACUUCUCAGCAAUCACCAAGCCAAUAAUCGAACAGUCCUUUAGGGGUACGCCCAUAAUAAAGGCAACAGGCCAAAACAUUUUUGAGAGAAUAACCAGUAGGGUCACAUCACUUAUGUCCAGUAGUUCGAAAAUCCAUUGAACAACAGCAUUAAAGAAAAAUACAAUCGCCAAAAAAGCAAUUAUGUUCGCCACGAUUCCCAAAACAAUAAGCAUAGCAUU